AGCAAACAAAAUAAUUUGGCUACGUGCUCAAGAAGAAGAGGGGCUGAGGCAUCCCGACCUGUGGCCUCUUCAGCUCACAUUGUCCUCGUGGAAUCGCGAACUUUAGUCAGUGGAUUCGAGGCCACCAUGCAGUCUACACAACUGGGCCUAGGUUUAUUAAAACUUCGUGCACAUCUCGGGAUACUGUGUCGCCUAACAAUGGAUCGGUCGAUCGUGGUUGAAAAAUCGUCGAUGAAAACGUGAUUCGUCUAGUCGUCCAUUAAUCAAUCCUCACUGUGUACUGUUUUCUUGUGUGCUUGUAAUGGAACUUUUAAUUUACGCAACUUUUAAAAGAUUGUGAGCAGCUUGGAGCACAAUAGGGGAAAACAAGGAAUUUAAUACAAAAUAUUUCGUCGCCGAAUAAUAAUUCUAAUUCUGGAGAAUAAAACGAUGUUUCGAAUCAGAAAGCUGAAAGCUGACAUUAAUUACUCGCGAGUGGGAACAAACAGACAGCAAUAAAUAUCGGAUGGUUGACGAGGAAUGUGCGGCCUCGAGGUCUAAAUGUCUCUGGGAAGCUUCGAGCCAAUGUUGAAACGCGAUCACGAUCGGGACCGAACUAUCGAUUGACAAACUCGAUGAUUUCUCAAUUUGAUCUACGUCCAAGCGGAUCUAUCGUUCAUUGACAGUCGUUGCUUUUCUUCGAAAUUUUUAAUUCUUAACGUGUUGUCCGAGAUUUAGAUUAAAUUCCAUCUAUCUCUUCCUCUCUUUCUCUCUCUGACUCUCAAGCAAGCAAAACGUAAAUUUUCUCGUGCACAGAUGACGUGUUUACGUGUUUAGUAACGCGACGUAAUCCUCGCGGUUACGUCGAUCAAACGUUGUUUAGGAUGGUCGAAGAAAUUACGAUCGUGAAAUAAACCGAAAUCGGGUGGAGUUUGUGACGUGAAUUUGUUGUUUGAGCGAGUUUUGGAUGUAGGAAUUUCUGGAAUUGGUGAUCUCCACAGCCUGUAGACUACAGGCUUGUGUGAUAAGAUAAAGAGAAGAAUGUCAGCGGUUGAAAGCGCGUGUCUGUGAUUCUCAAGCUGGCUUUCGUGUCGUCCGGUUCAGUGUCAGACAAAAUGACUCUUUCGGUUUGUUAGUUGGGCUACGAAUAAAGCUGGCUGAUGGUAAUUUUGAGUUUCUGUUUCGGCGUUCUCGUGCUACUAAUUUUCUUAAGCGAUAGAACUUAUUUUCCUACGUAUCGCGUAAUUUUACUCUGAAGAACUUAUCAAUUUCUUAAUCUUCCGAAUAACUUCAUCUUAGCAAUAUGUCUUUCAAAUAAUCUACAACGUUAUAUGUUAAUGCCAUAAAGACUUACACGAAAAUAUCUAUAGUAAUUUCUUAAAAUCUAUGAAUCUUUACGCCUGGUAAUUCCUUUCGAUAAGCCUAAUUUUUCUUUGUCGUACAAUGUCAUCAAAAAGGAUCUUAUCACCAUAAAGAAACUUCAUGUAAUUGCAGUUUUCAAUGAAAAAUUUAAAACCAAAGGAAUAAUUUGUGCAGUAAGAAACAUGUCUCGUGUAAUUUAGUGUCAAUCAGUGUUAAACACUUUCAAGUGCUCAAACCAUGCAAGAACUUCAUCCUUUCUAUUAUCAUGCACUCUUCAAGAAUCAUGAAAACCAAAUUCACCUUGUACACGAUUUUCAUGGUAAGUUUCAAUUGUUUUCGGUCAAUUUACAAACAUGCUGUUUUAUGUUCAAUAGUGUUGUAAAUACCUCAUGAAUAUUCAGAAUUGCCUACUCAUUCUGAUCCAGUCUCUUUCUCACUCGAUACUUCCUGUACUACCAGCACACGUACAUACGUAUGCACAUCGUUCUCGAACUUGUUCCACGGCAUUGAGGAGGAACGUUCAACCUGUUUGCAUUUCUCGAACAUGACAAAUUCUCGUUUUCGAAUUAAUUAUGCGUGUCACGAGUCACGUUUCUUGUCGUGAAUCUUUUCCCUAUCGUAAAUAUUCAUGUAUCAUAAAUAUUUGCAAAGAAAUUUUGUGUUAUCUUUGUAUGUGAAUGGAACGUUAUCUCUGUAAAUAUAACUUAAUUUGAAUAAUUGAUUUGCCAAUUUUUCAUGAUUUUUUUAGCAGUUUCAUAUCUUGGAGAAUUCGAUUCGGAUAAUUGACUUGUGAAUUUUGAUAAAUUAUGACAGUUCCAGUUCUUAGAGAAUUUACUGUGGAUAUUUGUUUGAAUAAAUUUUGUAAUUCUGGAAAAUUUGAUUUCUUGGCGAAUUUAAUUUGCAUAAUUGAUUUGGAUAAUUUUAGUAAUUCUUGACGAUUUUAUUUCUUAGGUAAUUUAAUUUGUAACUUCCCUUUAUAUACACGUAUCUUAGUAGAUCCUUCGACAAAAAAAUAUUGGAAAAAGUACUGUAACCUAACUUAUUAUAGCAGGAUUUAUAAUAGGAACUAUCUUUCUUUUUUUUUUCUAGAAUCCAGUCAAUGAACUGUGAACGAUAUGUCAAAGAGGAACAAAGAAUUGUGCACGAAGUGAGAAAUUGCUUCGAGGAUGGGUUGCAAGACUAGUAUGUUGGAAUGUAUAGAGGAUACAGGGGAGGCGGAAAAGAGAAAGCACUCGGAUAUGGUCAACCAAGGAUCUUUACUCGGUAAUUUCUCUCUUUACCCUUCAUGGAAUUUUAAUUAUGCAUCACGCUGAAAAAUUCCGAAUAUUUAGCCUUUUUAAUCAUCAGAUAUGUUAUUUAUUUCUUAUUAUUCUUUUUUUUUUAUUCUUCUAUGUCCUUUUAUAGAUAUUUUUUAUAGACUAUUAAUAUUUGAGGUAAAUUAAUUUACAACUGUUUCGUCGUAACUGUUCAAUUACUAAUAAUCGUUUCUUAAUUGUUAUUCAGAAUCGAAUUAAUGUUUCUACAGUCUUUGUAAAUAAUAAAAAUUUUUAUCUGUUUUGAAUUAUCUUUUUAACUUAUAAUCCUUCCAUUUAUUCAUUGAUAAUCAUUUUCUACUCUUGAUUAAGAAUCAAACAACUAAAUAUUUCAAUAGUAAUGCCUGCAUUGCUUUUUUACAUGAUUAAAAAAUUCUGUUACCUCUUUUCUAUAUUUAUGGUCUAUGUGCUAGAUUUUCAACUACUUUAUUGUCUUAUUCUUUCAUUAAUAUGUUCCCUAUAUUUUAACUAACAUAGGAAUCAAAUUAGCGAUACUUUUAUAGUAAUAUAGUACUUCCACUGCCAUUUUAGUUAAUCAAGAAAUUAUACCAGUUUUUCCUACUUUCCAAAUAAUAAUCUAUUUUUUGAAAAAAGCUUAGAAGUAACUAUUUUAUAUUCUCAAAAUCAAAUUAUAUAUCUAUUCGAGAAAAGACCGUUACUACAUAUCUUCAAAUUUAAAUCUAAUUUCAAUUCAAAUUACUCUUUCCUGUAAACCUAAAAGUAGCCAUUCUUACGCAUAUUCUCAAAAUCAGAAUUCUAAAUUCGAAGAAAAGAUUUCAAAGUCCAGAAUUAAUCUUAACGUUCUGCCAGAUAGAUCAGCCCAAUCAUCCCAGCAAAUAUUACGACAAAUUGAACUACUUCAACGCACAACGAUCUAUCGUGAAAUAAUCCCAAGCGGAUUACACGACACGUAUGACUACUGCGAGUUACAUUCAUAUAAUCAAAUCCUCCAUUAUUUUAUUUCUCAUAUAAUCCAAAUUUUAUCUCGUAUCUCAUAUUUUAUAUCGUUUUUUAUCUGAUCGUACAACUCUUCAACAACACGUUUGAAAGAGAAAGGAAAAGGAAGAGAAGCUAUCAUCACAUGAAUUACUCGAAUUUAUUAUCGAUCGUUAAAUCACUGAUCAGAUCUGAUAAUUCCGGAUGGCACACGCCGGGAAAGCAACCUCUUCGAUGUCGGCUCGCGUACGUUCGACGAACGAAAAUAAAUAUUGCAAUCAGCUGAGGAGUAUUGCGUUUCGCAAAGGAGCGGCACGAGAGAGUACCACGAGUGAUUCUCCUUGACCUAGUCUGUCUACGAUGUGGCCAUACACUGUAUCCUCGACUGGAGGCAAUGUUCGAGACAUGAAUUAAUUAGAGCCGCGAGGUUUCGGAAAGCAAACUACAUCCCUGGUGAAUUUUGAUGGAACGAGUCGUGAGUCAAUCUUAUUCGGGUAUUAUAAUUCUAGCGUCAUGUAACAAAUUUUAUUCGGGAAUCAUAAGUUCAAUAUCGUGUAUUAAUUACAUUCAGAAAUUCCAAUUCUAACGUUGUGGAUGAAUUUUAUUCGAGAAUCGUAACUCAAAUGUCGAGUAUUAAUUUCAGUCGAGAAACGUAAUUCUAAUCUAGCGACAACAAUUUUAUAAGGAAUUAUAAUUUUUAAUGUUACAUUUUUAUUUAGCAAUCGGAACUGUAAUAGCGUGUAUCAAUCUUAUCCAAAAAUUGUAAUUUUAAUGUCGUAUAUCAUUUUUAUUUAGAAAUUAUAAUUUCUAUGCUGUAUGGUGAUGAGCUGGAUCGUAGCUCGAUCAUGAUUAGAUCGCAUGUUUCUAAGGGGAUACAAAAUGAAUUAAUUUGGACUUUGAUACAACAUUGUCGAAAGAGAUUGAGCUUUCUUUUAGAUUUCGUCUGAUCUCGGUGUUCAGGUUUUGAGCAAAUGUUAUUUGAAAAUUCUUAUAGCGGAGGAUAACUUGUAAAGAUUUAGUACUGUAGUACUUGUUAACACUUGUUAAUACUUCUUGCUUGGAUUAGUUCUAAUUUUAGAAUCUUUGAAACAAUCCACUGUCUCUCGUUUUUAACGUUAUUAAUAGUCGAAUGGAGGGGGUGAAAUUCUUCGAGCAUCAUCAAAUAAAUACUACAUACAGUUCCCCAUUGAAUGAAUAUAAAUUUUGCUUCCCAUUUUUUACUAAGAACUUUCAAUUUUCUGUCUUGAAAAUAAGCUCUAAAACACGUGCCACGAAUAUAUUUCUCAUUCUGUGCUAUUUUUUAUUCGUUGCAAUAUAUUUAUCUGAAUUCUUUAAAUAUUUAGGUACCAUGCAAUUUAUAUAUCCUUUCCAAUUUGUAUACGUAUGACGAAUUGAUAAAAAAUAUCGAUAUCAUAUUAAAUAUUCUUUUCUCGCUUGUCAUCCACUUCCUCAUUAAAAUCCAUCCAUUUGAAUAUCCCCGAAGCAGAACACGUUACUUUGUUUGUUUGUAAGCAAAAAGCUCUAUCAUACAAGCCACAAAGGUACAAUGUCGAAACGCUAUAUUGAUUCUGUGAUAAGGAGCCACAUAUAUUUGGGACGAUGGUUACGAAUGCAAAUCAGACACAGAUAAUGCCGGAUGGAAAUUCCAUUCGGACCUUCGGGAGCGUGCAAGCAAAUUAGCUAUGUGCUAUUCAUUGUUCUGCUCUUGUCAUUGAAACUCACUAAUAAAAAAAAAAAAAGAAAAAAGAAAGGAAUAAAGCUUGUCAACCAUUGGAACGUAAACGCAACCUUUGUCUUUCUAAAAGAUCGAUCAGUAAGAGAAUUUUAAUUUGCGAUCGUAAUUUAAUAAUCUUCAAGAUAUUAAUUUAGAGUAAGACAGUAUCCAGUUACGUUUUUGGUGUAAAUGUGAUUCAAAUAUAGGAAAUUAUCAUUGGGGAAAGUGGCAGAGGAAUCAUGCAGAAAAAAGUAUUAACUUGGAAAUAUUUUACUCCUUUAGUCUGAAAGCCGAAAUAGAGGUGUAUUUUUGAAGUUUGCCUUGUAUUUUACUUAGCAUUCCAUUCUCCUAUAUUUUCAUUCAAAUACAAAACGUUAUCAUUCGGAUUCAAAUUGCUUGAAAGUGGCAGAGAAAUCUUGCAGGAAAAGAUAUUAAUUAAAAAAUAUUUUACUCUUUCAACCUGAAAACUGAAGUAGCGAAUACACUUUUGAAGCUUCUCGUUUGUUUUACUCGGCACUCUAUUUUCCUGUAUUCUUUUGAAAUAUGGGAAUUUUUAUAACAGUCUAGCGUAUUUCAAUCGAAGCAUCUGAGAUUAUAUUUGGCCACAGUGUGUACGUUUAAUGUAAGAGAAAAAUUAGAUAUAGAUUGGACAGAUAUCUGUGGCUAGGAAUAUCUCGUUUCGUACUAGAUUUAGUCUGGACUAUGUCUGAAAAAUACCUUCUUCUUAUUUGUUUAAUCGAAACGUCUUAUCUCAGUUUUCAUUUAAACGUAAGCUUCAUUGUGACCAAUCUUGUGACCAUUGUGUAAGAUAUCCAAAGAGAAAUUUCCAACGUUUUUCUUCCGUGUUAGAUUUAAUCUGAACUAUUUUCGAAAUACUUUCUCCUUAACUUUCUAAUUGACAUUUUUACUAAUACCCUUAAUUAAAAUUUACUUGAAAUCUGUACUACCAUCUUCGACUGUUUAAUUGACAUCGUUUCCAAUACUGACAUCUUCAAGCGUCAAUUUUCAUUGAACAAUCUCGUGGACAUUAUCCAAGAUAUUGAAGGAAAAAUUGUCUAAUGUUUCCGUAAAAUUUUAGUAACUUCAUUCAAACUCUAUCAGACUCUCUUCUAGAAUAUUCACAGUUUACCGACUUCAAAGGAAUAAACAUCAUCUUUAUUUCUACACAAUAGCAAUCCACUUAGCGAGCACCUUUGAUGACAAACAUUUGCUCAAACAUAGCUUUCAUUGAUCUCAAUUAUUCUACAAGCGCCAUUUUACAAACUGCACGUCCUACUCACACUUAUCAGAAAGAAAUCAAUUUCCUCGAUAUUUCAUUUCAAUCGUACAAUACUCUAAACUCUUUAACCAAUUGCCGUUAUUUAUCUAAACUAAAACAGCAGGCACAAAAAUACCAAGCAGAUAUCUUCAACAUAACAGCCAAAUACAAAUAUUAUUGGUAUCAAUGUAUCCGUGGCAACUUUGUCUCGUUAAAGUGAUGGUUUUUUAGUUACAAAAUCUCUAUACGAAACGAUGAUAUUACAGUUUAUUCAAUUACAGUCAUUGCUCGAAGCGCUUUUGCAAGAAAAAGAAAACAAUUAAGGAGCGUCUCUAAUUGCGAAAUUUUAUUCGGCCGGUCGUGUUCUUUUGAGCGUGUUCGUGUUUAACGAGUAUACACGGCUAUUGUACCACGAGUUUCUCCAACGACCCUAUCUCGUUUCUGAGGCCACUCACUCGCGCGUAGAAUUUUAACCUGCACAUUUUGGUUCCGUCGACCAGUCGUUGUCUUUGAGCCGCUUACAACGCAUCGUUCGCUAUACGCGCGCCGAUUUCUUCCCCUGGAUUUCUUGAAUUUCCUUAACUGUGACUUUCAUCUUUAGACUUUUAAGGAAACAUUUCUUCUUUUCUCCCGAAGUGUAUCGUGAGUAGUAGUAGGUGGACAUGCACAGUGUAAUUCAAAGGAUUGGAAGAUAUCGGAAGUCGCAAGGAAUUUGGCGGAGUGCACUUAUUCCCAAAUCUUUUAAUUUCGGUUUUUCCUAUUUUCGAAGCUGAUUUGAUAAACUUCUUUAAUUACCUUGGUGAUUAUGGUGAAUUGAAAUAUAAACGAUUUAAAUAUCUAUAAAAAUACGAUGUAACUGAACUCGUUAUAUAAUAGAAUUUUAUAUUUUUAUUUUGACACUGAUCUUCGUAAUCGAAAAAUUGAUCAUUUCACAAUUUGAAUAAAGUUUGAUGUUAUUGCCGAUUUUUCAAAUAUGUACCGAGCAUCAACUUAGAUUUUUGUAUACAUUUUAAUAAACAGCCAGACGACACUGUGAUUAUUUAUUUAUAAAUUCAUAUAUGGCAUCUCCUUCGAAUGACUCUUUCUUUCCAAACGAAGGACUAAAUAUUCUGGAUGACAUAUUACUUAGCAAUGGUACGUAAUUAUAUCAGUAGUUUCACUUUUAUAUUGAAAAAAGUCGUGUAAUUUUCCUUACUAGCAACGACAAAUUACGCAAUUAAGUACAGGUCAAGAAGUAACGCGAUAUUUGUUUCUCUGAUUGAAAUGUUCUUUCCUAUAUCAACUUUCUUUAGUUUCAUCGAUAGGAAGAAAACUCUUCCCUUCGAUGAAUAUCGUAAGACUCUACAUAUUGAUAUUCUUCAAUUCCAACAAACUGCGAUUAAUAGCAAUUUUAGCAUUUUUGUAAAACUUAAGGACGAGUCAAUAAGCUAGAAAAUUUAUUUCUUUGAUCAAGGUAUUCUUUCUCGUAUCGAUGCUUUUCAAUUUUCUUAAUAAAAAGAGAGUUUUAUUGUCCGAUAAAAUAUUAUGCCACUCCACACAUUCACACUUACCAUACCAAUACCAUAAAGAAGAACAUGAAUCAGGGAUCAAUUUAAUCAAUAGCUAUAAAAAUUCUCAUUACUAAUCAAGAAAAUAUGUAUACUUAUACAAUCUACAUAGUUCUCUAUGGUAUACUUUGUCGAUUUUAGUUCAAACUGAUGGCGUUUGUUUUGUCCCUACUAACUCUUGCUCACGUUGUCCAAUUAAGGCGCCCUACUUUCGAUCAAUUAUCUUUAAACUCUGAUCCAUUCGAAUCGAACGAUAAAUGCUGAAUGAUCCUGCCAUAAAAGGUGAAGAUAAGGUAUAUGUUCGACCUCGUUCACACACACCCUCUUUCGAUUUGCUCAUUUUUAUAUUAUAGAAUUGCUCCCACGAAUUUGUCAACUUUAAUUAUCCAAUUUGACGGAAUAUUUAUAGCAGUUAACUGUCAUACAAAUUUUUUAUUCAGUUAUACAAUAUAUUGAUUAUACGCUGUGCACUAUAAAGAUAUAAAUACUUGAUAAAAAAAGAUUUGGUAUUCAAGAUCAAAUGCAAGUCAUCUUGUAAUAUCUUCUAUUAUAAAAUAUUCAUAGAAACACAUAAAGAGUUCGCGAAGAAAUUUGAAACGCAUUUUACAGUAUAAUAGUAUUUGAGAGAUCAUUCCAAUGAAUUGAUUUCAUAUUAAAGAUAAAAGGAGCACGAUCGAUUAAUUGUGCAAUCUGUCAUAGCAAUAAGAUAGUUAAAAACAGUGCAUUGAAUUGUCAAUUAAUUAUUGUCAUUUAACUAUUGAUCUAUUGACCCACAGAUUUUGUCGUGGCAACUCGUUGAUAAUCUGAUUGUUAAACAAUUCUUGUUAUUGUCAAGAUAUCAACUAACUACUCGAUUAAUGAAUCAAUUCAAGAAAGUUUCGUUGCAGCAGCACAUAUAAACAUGCUAAUGUUUAAAUACUACCUGAUAUUUAAUUUUUUUGAUGCACUUUAAAUUCUUUUUCUUUUAUUUCGGGAUAACAUAUCGAGUAACUAAAGUUUAACUAAUAUAUAAUAAUGUAUUUGGUUUUUAGGGAAAACAGAAUACGAUGUUUUAAGAAGAAGAUCGUCGUUCGAAGACAUCGCUGUUGAUGACGACGAAAAUGCAGAUUGCUCAGCGUUAGUAAGUAAAUUUCUGUUAUCGUUAUUGCAUCCCGGACGUCUACAUACAUUCGAUAUUAGAUAAUUCUUUUGCCAAAUGGAAGACGUUUAAGACUGUUUUCCAAUGUUUGUUGGCUUGUUAAUUUAAAAAAUGGAAAAAUAUUAUUGAUACAGAAACUAAAUGUACUUAUCGAAUAGUGAGAUCGGCGCAACGCUUUGACGAUAGAUGACGUAUAAAGCAUUUCGCCGUAUUAAUAAUCUACAUUUACGUGUAGUGGCUCCAAUCUAAGAUAACGGCGUACAAGCAAUGUUCCACUUUGAAUUUUUCAUAAUAAACGAAAGGCAAUCGAAUCUAAUUGCUGCUUAUUACUAUCUUUCGCACGAUGCUCUAUUAUAAUUGUUAUAAUUACUUUUGCAAAAUAUAAUGUCGGCAAACAGUCAAUUUUUCUGCUUCCAAUAUUUUUUGAUGCGUAGGAGAAUGUUUUUUAAAUCAAUUAUUAAUAAUAGAAACAUACUUUUUCGUGUCAUAUAUGUUUUCGUAACGAAGACAUAAUUUACUAACGAUAGAACCAAUCGUACCGGAAACAAGUAUAUUUAUCGUUAGUCAACAAUUUGUUAAGGUAAUGACCUCUUAAAUUCCAGUGUACUUGCUUUCAUUGUAGCCAUUAGUUAUAUUUUGCAUUUCAUGUUUUUAAUUAUUUUCUACUACGUCGUUUACUUAGUUCAUAUGCAUUUCAUGCUUUAGUCGUUUCAUUUUAUAUCACGUUCCUUUCAGCUAUCUGUUUUUGUACUUUAACCUACUUUAAAUAUAUCUCACGAUGCCACUAUCGAUCGAUAUUCUUGGACUGUGCCCUUUCACCUGUGCCCACCUUUUCUCUUCUCCGUAUUUCGAUUACGAUAUAUCCCUUUAAACUGUAUUGUUUAUUUAUUAUAACACAAUAUAAUCAAAAUUUUGUAGAUUUCUAUAAAAAAAAAAGAAAAAAAAGCAGGCUACAAUUGGUUAUAUUUUUUUCACGCUAGAUUGACAACUUUCUUGGAUAAUUGUUAAAUUAGUGUUUUGUGGCCAUUAAAUUGUUUUUUUUUUUUUUUAUAUAUAUUACAAUUGCAAAGUAAUCGAUUAACUAUCAUAAAAUGCUAUUCUACUUAAAAUCUUUGGUACUCCUUAAAUUUUUCGUUGAGUGAACUUAAAUUUUGCUUUGUCUUUUUUACUGACAAUUUUUAGAUUACCGCUUUUAACUAUUCCUAUUACUUUUCCAAGUUUUUAAAUUAUAACAACUAGUGAUACAUUCAUGGGAAGACAUUCUAAGCUCUCAAACGUAUCGUAUCAUGUCAUUUUAAAUCCAUGAUCAUUUAAUACAUUACAAUAUCGCUUUACUCUUUUAACUGACAAUUUUCAAUUCAUAAGAAAAUGUUAUAAUGAACUACUGAUAUGAAAUUCAAAAGAGAACACAUGAAAUCUCAAGAUCAUGCAUAAAUAUAGGCCUCAAAAUUAUUUUUUAGUACUAUGAACUUUCUACUCUGUGCCUGCUGCCUGUAUACUACUCCAAAACAAUUCAAUAACCAUUACAACAAACAUCAAUCAUUCCAGUGUCAUUUCUAUUGACUUCUAUUCAAUCAAGUCAUCCUUCAACUAUCCCCUCCUUCCAAAUCUUAACUUUCUCAAUCCGAUCUCCACAUCCUUGAUCAUUAUCAUGAUCAGGAACAAAAAUUAUUCCUCCAAAAUCCCCUCCAAAACUUCAAAGUUUUAUUCAUUCGAUCUCCGAAAAUAGGAAAUAGAAGAAAAGGAAGAAAGUUUACGGUUAUCGUGACAAGACAAGGAGAGAGCAGGAAAAAAAGCAGAAUAAUCGAUUUGGAAACGCACGAUAUCAGCUUUUUCUUUUCUCACGAAUCACGAAGCUUUUGCUCGCUCAUCAGCAAUUAACCCUCUCUGAAAAAAGUAAUUUAAAACUGUUUCGUUUCGAACAUGUGGCAAGUUCUCAGCGUACCGUGCGGUCUCAUUAAUGUUACGUCAACUGUUUGCAUGGAAGUUUCAAAAGGGGCGGCGACGAAAAAUCAUUAUGAUAUGACCUAACCAUCCUGAAUAUUUGAUCAGUCUGUCGAGUUCUGAUUCUCGUCCGAACGAAUUAUUUAACGACAACCUAUUUCAAUUCUACACCGCGUCUUUUUCUUUCUCUUUGUAGAAACACGAUGUACGCCACUAGGCUCGAGCUUCUCCCGCUGCUUAGUCAGACAGACUGACUAUAGACAGGGUAUAAGAUACUGUCUAUAGACGGUCUAUAGACACCAAUGGCGCAGCUGAAAAAGCUGAACGAGUGGUUAUACCGGAACUGUUGUCUUGCACAAUUUUUCGUCGAAAAAUUUUAGGAAGUUCAUUCGCUCUUGUUUGCUCGCUUUAAGACGUAGAUAAUUAACGUUAUGGAGGAAUUUUUUUUUUAAUUAUUUCGAUAUUUAACUAGUCUUUUCUUUCCUAUUUCUAAUUAAAUUAAUACGUAAUAAAUUGUUAAUAAAAUGAUUUUAAGGUCGUCUGAAUGUGAUACUAAACUGAUAUUAUUUUUGUAACAAUAGAUCUUUUUUUAAAUAGAUUGUUUGUUCUGAGUUCGCGUAGUUUUGUUCGUGUUUUAGUAUUGAUUUUAAAGUUUUUGAAAUUUAUUAUAAAGUAUUGGCUGACAAUGAGAUUAUUUUCGUGACGGUAGGUUUCUUUUUUAAAAUAGAUUCUUUUCUGCGAGUCCGAACUGUUUGUUUCGUUUUAAUUUGAUUUAAUGGUAAGCGUAAGCGCUAAUGAAACAUUCAAUUAUCAGAUGGUUUAGCGAGUACGUUCGUAGCGAAGAGAUGUUUUUAAUGUUUCUGUCUGGAAAGUUUAUAAUAAAUUACUGUAAAGAAGUCUGUUUUUCAGUGGAGACUAUUUUUUAUCCUUUGGAAGCACGCCAUUCCAUAGGAACUGUUUGAAUAAAAAUCAUUCAGCCUGUACCUCGAAUUAUUUCUUGCGUUCGUUUUCGUUUCUAAAAUUAUUCAUCAGUAGAUAUUUUAAUAAGUUGGAAAGCUAGUCGUGUUUAAUCUCAUCUUUUUAAAUGGUUGAAAAAUUGCUUUUACUAUAUAUGAGUAAUCUUAUCAAGCUAUAUUAAGAAAAUUACAAUGUCAUUGAGUCUAUGAGUUUUUCAAUAGCUUAAUAAAAAUCGCAGAUAUCAUUUAUUUCCAAUCGAUCAACUGUGUUGUGUAGCUCCUUUUAUCAACUGUUUAUUCAAUCCACUAUCGAUAAUCGUACAAAGACACUCUUGGAAGAGCUUCUUUAUCGCAGAUAAAGUCGAGCUUUUGCUCCUGAUAGAGAAUGGAAAGGAUAAUCUCGAUCAACCACGAUAUUUUCGAUUCAGUAUCGCGAUGCAUGUUUUUCCGUGAAUACGUAUUUCAACAACGCUGUAAGCUAUAAACCUCGUUGAACAACAAUUUUUCUUUCCACUACAAAGUGAAUAUGUAAUUAACGAAUAAUGUAAACAACUGGAACAAUCGAUUAAUUAAACUCAAUUUUCUAUUCGUGAACUAACAAUUGUGACUCGCACGGCCUAAUUCGUAUGGGAGAUUAAUUAUGCGUAAUUAUUACUUGUCAAGUGUAUAUUGAUAGAAUAGAUCGGGUGCAUCGUUUGUGUCAAUUAACGAUUUUCUAUUACGUUCGUACUAAUGAUCGAUUUAGAAAUAAAUAAGAGGCGGUCGACGCAGAUACAGAUAUACGUCUGCGGUUCGACCGAGGACGCGAAUAUCCAUGGGACAUCUACAUGGUACAGUUGGAUCACCCGCGUACUGUGCGAUCCCUUUCGAAAGAAAUGGGACACGAACAGAGACAUAAUACACGUAAACGAAAUACCUCCGUCGCUUGUGUCGCCGACACAGAAAGGACCGCAAAAUAUCGAAGCUCAUCCGUUAACAAACAGUGUUCCUAGUCUCAUAAAAAUAUUACUGGUCUUCCCCAAAGAUGACCAACAAAUGGACGUUCUCGCCACCACUUCGAGGCGAUUGGGAUGGAGCGUGUCGGUGGCGAAAGACGCGGAAAAAGCGGUCGAAUUCUUUCAAAAUCGAGGUCACGAGCUAGUGAUCAUCGAUCAUCGGGGGCAACGCGCUGCUGAGGCCGAUACGAUUUGUAGGGCGAUUAGGUCUAGUCCCGCUUACCAUAAUUCCAUUAUUAUAGCACUUGUAAAGAAAUCGUUCCUUAUGCACGGCGAGAAAGAUAAAAUUGUGACGCUGGAUUUACUGGAGACAGGAUUCAGCAGAGCUCUAAUGGAGUGUUCCCACGAGAGACUCUUAAUAAACGAACUAGUAGGAAUUUAUGCUAGUGCACUAUUACCAAGGACACAACUGGCGGCUGCCAACGCGCUGUAUGUAGCUCUUGACAGAUGCCGCGACAUGGUACACGUGACGAACGAUAAACAUAUUGUACAGUUUGUUAAUAAAAUUAGCGAGAAGUUACUAGGCUAUAAGACCAGCGAAAUCUUGGGGAAAAGCAUCGCGGAUAUAGUGGUCUACGAUAAUUUUGUUCUAAUGGAACAACACAUAAGCAAAGGCCGGGAAUUCGAAGGGAACAUGAAUUGUAAACGAAAGAACAAUCAAAUGAUCACAAUCAGUUGCAGGGUGAUACCUUUCAGUAUUAGCUUGAAAAAACCGACUCAUUAUAUUUAUAUAUACGAUACGACGUACUUGUCAGAAAAUAUUGGCUCGCUCAGCCCGACUCCGUCACAGUCCAUGUAUUCGAGAGGAAACAUGAUUGUGUCUCAGAGAAGGACGUCUGAUAUGAAGUCUAGCGAGGGCCGCAGGCGGUCCAGUGCACACAAGUUACACAGUUUGCAAUUAGAUGCACCCAUUACAAAAGUGAUCAGCCUUCUGACUAACGCGAUCACCGAAUCUACGACCCCUGAUACAACAGCACAAAUCGAAAAGGCCAUUGAUAUUCUCAAAACUACCGAACUGUAUGUGCCAUCCCUAAGAGAAGAUACCGAUCCAGUAACAACUGAUCUCGUCGGGGCCUUGCUUGCCUCACCGAGGAAAGCGUGGGAAUCGAGAAGAUCAUCAGUUGAAUCGACGCGAGUUUCGACGUCAAAGGCUUUCGCUACGACUACUGCCUCGCGUAUGCAAAUCAAAGGUUUCAGAGGGCCUCAGGAGAUCGCGGAAAUUUUGGAAAGAUGUUUGGAAUGGAAUUUCGAUAUAUUCAAACUAGAAAUAUUAACCGAAAAAAGACCACUACUCUUUUUGGGGACGACCAUCAUGAAUCUGUACCGCGUGCCUGCCAGACUCGGUUGUGAAGAAAAGGUCGUACAGAACUGGUUAACCGUAAUCGAGAUGAAUUAUCAGAGUCGAAAUAGUUAUCAUAAUUCAACGCACGCUGCCGAUGUGUUACAAGCUACUGCUAGAUUCAUGCAGUCUGAAAGGCUGCAACAGAUCUUGGAACCUUUGGACGAGGUCGCGACUCUGGUUGCGGCUGCUGCUCACGACGUCGAUCAUCCGGGUAGAUCUAGUCAAUUUCUUUGCAACUCUGACAACAAACUAGCGAUUCUCUACAACGAUCUAUCUGUCCUUGAAUCACACCAUGCAGCACUAACCUUUAAAUUAUCACUGUCGGAUGACAAUGUGAAUAUCUUCAAAAACUUGGAAAGGGACACCUAUAAACAACUUCGUCAAACAGUGAUAGACAUGAUCCUAGCCACCGAGAUGACGAAACAUUUCGAACAUCUGGCUAAGUUCAUGAACAUUUGCAGUGCAAGGAUGAUGGACAGCCCACAAUUAGACGAUUACUCGGACACCGUGGAUAUGUCAGUUUUGACGCAGCCAGAGAAUGUAGUAUUGGUUAAAAGAAUGAUGAUCAAAUGCGCGGACGUGUCGAAUCCGACUCGACCAUUGAAGUGCUGCGUCGAAUGGGCCAGACGUAUCGCAGAAGAGUAUUUUAAUCAGACUGACGAAGAAAAAAGGAUGCAACUGCCGGUACUGAUGCCAAUGUUCGAUAGAGCAACGUGUUCGAUACCAAAAGCGCAAAUCGGUUUCGUCGAUUUCAUUAUCAACGACAUGGUCGAGGCGUGGGAUGCACUUAUCGACAUACCAGAGAUGGUGGGAUAUAUGAGGCAGAAUUACGAGAAAUGGAAAGAAUAUAACGUAAGGAACUGUUUAAUUCUUGAAUUUUACUCUUGUUUCUUGAAUUGCAUUUUUCUUCAAUCUCUAAAUUUAACCAUAUUCAAGGAAAGAAUGAAACUAUUCUUUUUUUAUCAACGUCCAAAGAAGAUGAAAGAUACAGUGCUUGAGUCUUUACUUUUGACUCUUAUACUUACUAAAAGUUUAAAAAUUUUGUAAAUGCUAAUAACAUAGUGCUUCAAUAUUAGUCUUGUGUCCCAAAUUUGACUUUUGCUUCUAGAAUCGUUUUGUAUUACUCUUCAAUUUCUUUCGCAAUUCUUUUAAAAAAAUGGAGCAAAAUUAUCACUAAUCUAAAAGCUUAAAAAAUUUUGUAACCACAAAUAGUGCUUGAAUUUGAUCACUCUUGUUCCUUGAAUUUUACUCUUGCUUCUUGAACUAUUUUGUACGAGUAUUGUUCUCCGACUUCUCUCACUAUUCUUGGAAAACUUUGCUGAACUCAGUUAUACUCGGUAAAUGAAACGAACUAUUUUAUUUAUCAAUUGUUAGAAAGUUCGAAGAUAUUAACGUCAUACAAUUAUUCUUGUAUCUUGAACUUCGCACUUGCUUCUCAAACACUCUCGUAUUAUUUUUCAACUUCUACUGCUAUUCUUUAAGGACACUAUCUAAUUAUCCAAUUAUAUUUCAAAAAGAGAACUAUUUCUUUCAUCAAUAAGUGAAAAAAUUAAAAAAAUAUUGUACCGAGUUUCUAUUUCGUUCGUAAUCAGGAUCGAGGCAUAUCAACUCUACCGGACAUCGAAAAGAUACAAGAGCACCCCGAACUUCGAAUAUACCAGCUACCUUCGUGACCCAUGGAAAUCAAUCGUCCCUCUUAUACUCUUUCGUCCGUCCCAAAAUACAAUAGCCCCGUACAAAUGAUUUGUAAAAUAUUCGUUAUAUUUAAGGAAUAGAGAUAAAUAAAUAUACGACACACGUCGUACAGUUGUAAGCCUUUUUUUAGAAAAUACAUGUAAUUCAACCAUUCUGUCUUAUUAUAUCCUUUCCUCUUCUUCUACCUACCCACUUUCGUGAAAGUCCAUCUAUUUUAGGCUCAUGACACCACGAAACGAAACGGUUCGCCGUCAUGUAAAAUAUUUCUUUCUUUACUCAUUUCUUUUCCCGUAUGACGGUAAACAUAUCCCACUAAAAUUAUUUCCAACCGUGAAACCUAAGGAACUUUGAUCAUGCUCAAAGUUCAAGUACAUAACAGAGUUUAACAAUUAUUAUUUACAUUGGACCUUUUUAACCGUAAGAUGAAUUAAUUUCUCUUAUUCUUUUCUUUUCGUUAUACAAUUAAAUCUUGAUCGUAAGCUUGAACUUAAUUUUUACAUAGUUUUCAAUACACGCCAUUUCAAUUAUUAAUGUUUUAUCGAUGAACAUUUUAAGAUUUUAUAUAUUCUCGUUUUUCAACCCUAACAUUUAAAGAAAAAAUUUUAUUACUUUUUUUAUCCUAAGGAAGGAGAAUUGAGCUUAAUUGAAAAGAACUCGCUUGUUUUUUUUUUUUUUUUUUUUUUUUUUUUUUUUUUUUUUUUUUUUUUUUUUUUUUUUUUUGAUGUCAGAUUUCACUUUAUUGUUUCUCUCAGCCAAUAAAAGGAAGUGGUAUGGGCCUAAACAGCUAGGCGAUACAGAUACUGUGUUACAUAAUUUGCGGAACGAAGAUACUAAUAUAUCGGAGUGCGUUAUAUCUUCCGUUUUUGGAUUGACAAGAAUUUCUCGCGGGUGUGGAUUAUAUGCUCUCUCUUGGACAGAAAUUUUUAUGUUCGUCUCGAUACACUUCUUGUUACAGUUACACAUAGAGAAAGUCUAGUUUUUAAUUGUACGAUGCCUAUGAGGAAAAUCUAACACUCAUAAAUAUUGUUGCCGUAAUACGUCAAGUAUAUAUAUGUGUGUGUAGAUACAUCGUGUGAUGUCGGUAUAUAUGUAUAAUAAUAAAUGUUAAUUAAUAGUAAUGGAUCUAAAGUUAAGUUUCGUAUGCUGUAACGUAAGCAGCGGGGAAAAAAUGUAGCGCUUCCGGUGAAAGCCAUUACCGUGGAAGAUAACACUGACAAAUUGAUUACAAACUCGGUUACUAAGUCACAAAAAGUAAUACAAGUGUGGGUCAUUACAAAUUACUAAUUAAUAAUAUUUAUAUUAUAUAAUAGUAAUGUGUAUACCACGCAAAUUACCUCUUAGCACCUAGAAGUAUUUCCUUUCUUUCUCUCUCUCUCUCCCUCUCUCUCUCUCUCUCGCUCGCUCGCUCGCUCGCUCGUUCUCUCUAACACACGAAUAAUCAAAGUCGUUUUAUCCAGUAUCAAAGAGACACGUUAUAACAGUAUUAUAGCCUAGUUAAUAAUCUGGGCAAAAGAGGCAGAGUUUGUAUUUUCUUCGGGCAUGAAUCUCUCUACUUUAUGAGAUGUAACGAAGAUUUGUCAGUUUCCCGUUCAGCUUUGACAUUUCUGAUCGACUUACAAAUGCCUAACACAUAAUAUUCCAGAAAAACACGAAAAUACGUUGAGAAUUAUCGAAGGUUCGAAGAGAUAUUACAUCGAUUAUCGUAAAUAUUUGGUCGAUUACGCGUUACCUAAUCGUUUAUUAAGGAUCGUUAAGCUUACUAUUUAAUAUUAUCGCUAUAAUGCCGCAUAGUAUUAAGUUUAUUUACUUAUAUAUCGAGGCGUUUUUAAUCAACUUAAAGAUUAAAAUCCAUCAAACGUACCCUGAAUUAUAUUAUUAUAAAUCUAAAUAUUUUUCCUCUCUUUUUGCCCGCUAACAAGCGCUCUCUCGCGUGCAUCCGUUUGUUUAUUUUACGCAAACAUUCUCUAUUUUAUUUGUCUCGUUGAACAAGGAGGCGUAGUUAUUGUUGUACGUAUGUAUGCACCAUUAUUCUUUUCUUAGUUGUGCCUUUAGUUCGCAAAUCAACUGCUGUCAACGAAUUAUUGUUGCUACAUGUAAAUAGUACGAUGUUAGAAUGUAUAAUCAAUUCUGCAUUGUAACGGAUUAAUCAAGAGAUUGCAAGCCUUCCAAGUAUGCGUUACUGGCACUUGUUUGCUAAGUAAGGAAGAGAUUCGCCAAAUAAUACAUACCCUAACAAGUAACAAUACACAUUAUCAAUUAUAAUAAAGAGUAUAAUCCGUAAAUAGACCGUCCUCGACAUUUAAAAACACAAAUCAUUUUUUCUUUUUUUUUUUUUGGUGACAAGAAUCGAGUUUUUAACCUCGAAGCUCGUCGGGCUUUUUCACAUUCUUCUUUUUUCGAGCCUAUUUCGAGUAACAAUUUUAAUAGCAUAAAGUUGUUCUCAUUUAGAACUCGCACACAAUAGUCUUUAUAGAAAUCAUUAUCGACGUUGAGGGGAAUUACAUACACACACACACCAGGAGAUUAGUCUCACGAGUGUCGAAUUGUCUUGACCUGCGAUAAGAAUGCAAGCUGAUCUCGAGCGAUUGUUCGUACUCGAACGAUUCCCUCGAAAUAUAUUGAAAAAUACACUUGGGUGUUUCCCUAACGCAGAGUUCGACCUCGUAUACUCCGCAUUAUACGAAACUGAAAAAUAACAAUCUCCCCCGUACCCUCCCCCCAUUACCCAUGAAAUGCAUGCGGUCGAGUGGAGUACUCUCUCUAAUCGACACGUGCACACGUUCGUUCUGAUUGUUAGAGGCAUGGAACUCCUCACCAGCAGGUAUAUACGAUUGGAAUCGCACUCCUAACGACAAGUUUGGAGAACAAGCGAACAACGAUUUGCAGCAGUAAUCAUGAGAUAUAUAACAUCAAAGGCUGACAUUGAAUAAUCAUCAGGGCGCGACAACAUUGUGCCCUUUCCGUUCAAAUCUAUUCUCACCCCGGAGGGAUAUCCAAACUUGGAAACCUACGCAAUAAAAGAAAGUUUGGAUCGUUAAAGAGAGUGGUUUCCUUUAAGGUCUCCUUGAAAUUACGGAGACAAACAGAAGAUUUCCACACAUGCAGCGUGCCAAAGUUAUUCAAAACAGUGAAUCAGAGGUUAGAUUACACGGUCUUGGAGAUCCUGCCCCUCCUCGGCAUUUAAAUAUGUUCAUCGGGUGGUAUUUCUGGACGAGAGUCAGUAAACGUCACGUGAACAUCGUGGGAGUAUCCGAAAAUUCGGUCUCGUCUUUCUCCUUCUCUCUUGCCCGUAGGCGUCUGAAACGCACCCCGAGAACGCGCCUAUUUAAGCUCCUCGCGCUUCCGCGACUGAAUCAGACAGUCAAUACUCGUAUCUCUGAACCGCGUUGUAUUUCUUCGCUCUAAGUUUUCCUCCUACGUGCGAAAAAAAGGAAAAGGUAUUCAAA